AUUUAUGUAAUGAAUUUAUAAAUACGACAUGUCGUUUUGUAUGCAUGAAAAACGACAUUCAAUUAGACAAAGCAACGCGCACCCUUCUCUUCCAUCAAUUCUUCGGAUAAAUCCAAACCCAAAUCAGCCACUGUUGAGUUUCCCGACUAAACAGAUUUCAUUCGUUCAAGACCCACAAAAUAAUUUUAAAUUCUGUUUGGUUGUCGAGAAAAAGCCAGAAGAAAGUGACAGAAAAUAAUAACUGGGAGAUACUUAAUCAAAAAUGAUUAGUGGCCUUGCAUCUUCAGCUUCACCUUCCGGACCCAUCGUUUCUCACUUGCCAUCUAAAUCAAAAACUUACACAUCCAGCUUCUUCAAUCCUUGUACUGUAUCCUCCUCAGAAUUCAAGCUCAGAGGCAUCAGAUUCUCCAAAACUAAGCAAACCCAGAUAAAGACGAGAAUUUGUAAUAGUAGCACGAGACCCGGAGGUCCUGGUUCUGGUGAUAAUGAAAGCAGAAGUGUUCUUGAUGCAUUUUUCUUGGGAAAAGCUUUAGCAGAAGCCUUAAACGAGCGCAUUGAAUCAACUGUUGGGGAGGUUUUGAGUACUAUUGGACGAUUGCAAUCUGAGCAACAAAAGCAAGUACAGGAGUUCCAGGAAGAUGUGUUGGAAAGAGCCAGAAGAGCCAAAGAGAGAGCAGCAAGGGAAGCCAUGGAAGCUCAAGGACUGAUUUCCAAGUCUGCUACGGUAGAGACCACAACAAUCGAUAAUGGGAUUACUUCAGUUACUUCUUCCUCAACUAACAAUGAUGUAAGUCCAGUAGAUCAACCAUAUUCUACUCCCUCAGUUGAUGAUACAGAACGAGAUAUUACCAAUCAAAAUCCAGUUUCAAGGUUAUCAAAUGAAGACUGAUUCAAUCUCUUUUAUGUAUCUGAUAUGAUACUGUACCAUGUCAAAUCUCAUCCAUAUAGUUAUAUUGAUAACUCCAUAAAGGCAUAGAGUUUUUUUCUUUUCUGUUAACUCAAUAUUCUUCUUCUAAAUACUAUUUAUUUAUUUAUUUA